AUGGGCUGUGCCCCGAUGGGGCAGAUUCUCUACGACGAGGUGAUGCGGUACAAUCCGAAGAACCCCUACUGGUUCAACCGAGAUAGGUUUGUACUCUCAACCGGGCAUGGUUGCAUGCUCCAGUACGCUCUGCUUCACCUUGCCGGCUAUGACAGCGUCAAGGUGAGAAGAGAUCUAGCCGUCGUUUUGCAUGUGCUUCCGAAAACCACGGAUCUGACUUUUAUCAUUCCUUCAAAUCGAUUCGUCCGAACUUCUUUGUCCUGUGAGCUCCGGUUGCAAGUGAACAGAACAUAUCUCUAGUUUUAUAAUAAAGAGGGUGCUAGGUGCCCUUUCAUCGGAAAUCGAUAAGAACAGAGUCACCUGGAUUUUUUAUGGCUGGGAGUUCGACCUUUCUCCAAGAGCUAACUGCAAGAUGAGAUUAGAUCGGUAAACUUCUGGUCGGACUUGUUUCUCUAGAAACUACUGGUCUUAGAUUUAUAGAUAUCAGCUCUCGCGCCGAGAGAGAAGAUGUAGAAUAUAAGAUUAUUGUAUCAUAAAUCUUUUGAUGAGCGAUUACACUUCAGGUAUGUUUCCCAACAAAGAUAGCCAUCCCCUUCAUUUUUGAAGCCUUCAGAUAGUGAAUUCGAUCGAUCUCUCUGACAUUUUUAUCGCUGAUAAUCAUCAUUCCUCUGAAAUCCAUCUUUCAGGAAGAACACCUGAAAUCUUUCCGGCAGUGGGGAAGCAGAACCCCGGACACCCAGAGAAUUUUGAAACUCCUGGCGUUGAAGUAACGACAGGUUCGUUUCGUCAACUGAUCCCCGCAAACCUCUUGCCUUCUGACGCCAAAAUAGGCGCCGCGCCGCUGAUCGAAGAUUUCUGUUCAUCUAUUCUUCCGCAAUUUCCUUGUCCCCAUGGUCAUUCUCUCUCUCUCUCUCUCUCUCUCUCAGGUCCUCUGGGCCAGGGCAUUGCCAACGCCGUCGGAUUAGCCCUUGCCGAGAAGCACCUCGCAGCCCGUUUCAACAAGCCCGACGAUGAAAUCGUAAACCAUUACACGUACUCUCUCUCUCUCUCUCUCUCUCUCUCCUCCUUCCCUCCCUCCCUCCCUCUCUCGCUUUCUCUCUCUCUCUAUCCCUCGCUAGCCCCUGUCAUUGACCUCGACGUAGAUGUGUGCUUAUGAUAGGUAUGUGAUCCUUGGGGACGGUUGCCAGAUUGAGGGAAUAUCAAAUGAAGCCUGCUCUCUGGCGGGGCACUGGGGCCUCGGAAAGCUGAUUGCUUUCUACGAUGACAGCCACAUCUCGAUUGACGGCGACACGGAGAUUGCCUUCACCGAGGACGUCAGCGCCCGCUUCAAGGCCCUCGGCUGGCACACCAUCUGGAUCAAGAACGGCAACACUGGCUACGACGAGAUCCGCGCUGCCAUUGCGGAAGCGAAGGCCGUCACGGACAAGCCCACCCUGAUAAAGGCAUGUCCCUACCUCCUAGCCGGCGCCUCUUGUCGCCGGUUAAUUACAUUUGUGGUUAUGAAGUGAUGUUGCUGUUUCUGUGGCGACCCUGUAGUUGACUACCACCAUUGGCUUCGGGUCGCCGAACAAGGCCAACUCCUACGCCGUCCAUGGAAGCGCUCUCGGAGCGAAGGAAGUUGACGCGACCAGGCAGAAUCUUGGGUGGCCCUACGAGCCCUUCCACGUGCCCGAGGACGUCCAGAGGUACCUGCCCGUCGUGGAGAUGGAUCUCCUGUUUCUUCACCCCUCAUUAAUGGAGCCAGCCCGGGCGUUGUUUCCUGGCGACUGGAGUUUCUGGGCGGCGCUAUGACAGCCACUGGAGCCGUCAUGUCCCCGAAGGCGCCGCCCUGGAGGCCGAGUGGAACGCCAAGUUCGCGGAGUACGAGAACAAGUACGAGGAGGAGACGGAGACCCUGAAGGGGAUAAUCAGCGGGAGUUGCCCCGUGGAUGGGAGAAGGUCCUCCCGGUGAGCUUGAAUAAUCUUUCGGCACUGGGAUUUCCUCCGUUUCUUUCUGUGGCUAUAUAUGUAUAUAUGGUAGGGGCUCUUUCUGAAGUCGCCUGGCGUCCUCCGAUUGUUGUGCAGACUUACAACCCCGAGAGCAUUUGCGAUGCGACGAGGAACCUGUCGCAGCAGUGUCUCAUCGCCUUGGCGAAGGUGCUGCCAGGGCUCCUCGGCGGCAGCGCCGACCUCGCGUCCUCCAACAUGACACUGCUGAAGAUGUUCGGUGACUUCCAGAAGGACACGCCGGAGGAGAGGAACGUCCGGUUCGGGGUGAGGGAGCACGGGAUGGGCGCCAUUUGCAAUGGUAUCGGCCUCCACAGCCCUGGGCUCAUCCCCUACUGCGCCACGUUCUUUGUCUUCACCGACUACAUGCGCGCGGCCAUGAGGAUCUCCGCCCUGUGCGAGGCGGGGUUAUCUACGUCAUGAUGACCCACGACUCCAUCGGGCUGGGGAGGACGGACCGACGCACCAGCCGAUCGAGCAUCUGGUGAGCUUCCGGGCGAUGCCCAACAUCCUGAUGCUCCGCCCGGCGGACGGCACCGAGACUGCCGGCGCCUACAAAGUGGCCAUCCUCAACAGGAAGCGGCCCUCCGUGCUCGCUCUCUCCCGGCAGAAGCUCUCCCACCUCCCGGGGACCUCAGUUGAAGGAGUCGAGAAGGGAGGGUACACCGUUUCCGACAACUCCGGCGACGGCAAGCCCGACCUCAUCCUCCUCGGCACCGGCUCGGAGCUGGAGAUCGCCACCAAGGCAGCGGAGGAGCUGAGGAAGGAGGGAAGAAGGUCCGCGUGGUGUCGCUCGUCAGCUGGGAGCUGUUCGACGAGCAGACCGAGGAAUACAAGGAAAGCGUCCUCCCCGGCGUCGUCACCGCCAGGGUCAGCGUCGAGGCCGACGCCACGCUCGGGUAGCACAAGUACGUCGGCAGCAAGGGCAAGGCCGUCGGCAUCGACCAUUUCGGCUCCAGCGCGCCGGCGGGCACCAUCUACAAGGAAUUCGGCAUCUCCACCGCCAAGUCGCUGUGA